CAUCACAUAGCUGGUGCCCGCAUCUUUUCCCAGGAACCCAUUUGACAAAAGGAAUACAGCUACAAGUUUAAAUGAAUUGUCCAGACAGCUCAUUAAAUUGGUCAAUUGUGGUUGUGGCCUGGAAAUAGCAACCGCAGCCACUUUCAAUAGAAAACUCACCGCACGUGAUAUGGACAAGUAUAGAGGGGAAAUAUGCCACCCUAGUCAAUUCUCUUUUUUAUUAAAGAAACAUCGUAUUAUAAGUUGUCUCUGGAGGGAUGCAAGACCGCCACAAACCAAAAAGUAUAAAGAAAAAACCCAUGAUAGAUCGCAACAUUGGCUCAGGUGGAAGGCGCGAGCACCAAUUCACGAAAUCUCGCAAAGAAGAUGUGACUCCCUCAAAAAGACUUCUGCUCAUAACCAAUACAAAACAUUGAAUAAAACAACUAAAUGCUAUUGUCCCAUGAGGCAUGUAUUCCUCUUGAGUUUUGGCCCAGGCCCAGUGGAUUUGUUCAGUUUGAUUCUUGCGCAGGUAUGGACCGCCGUUCUUUGUUGGCGUCAUCCAAGAUUUGAAACCCAGGGGAACCCAUUGUCUGCAAAAGUAGUGUUGAUUAUCUUGAGGCUAUUCAGAAAUACAUCACAACUCUUUAUUGUUUUACCACAACCCCAUGAACAGAGUCCCAAUUUUUCUCAGAAACACUAUUUAUGUUUUAUUCACCAAAAGCAGGAAAAUGAGACCUUCGGGGCCUUAUAAUUUUUUUAGCGUACAGCUAGCGGGCUUUAAAAAUAAAAAAAAACGUAGAUAUGU